AUGCAAACUGCUUCUACAAGCAUUUGUGAAAGACUGUGCAAUAUGUCCAUCCAUGAAAUUUACCUGCUACUAAAUAUUCCACAGUCAACUGCUAGUGGUAUUAUAACAAAGUGGAAGCAACUGGGAGCAACAGCAACUCAGACACAAAGUGGUAGGCCACGUAAAAUGACAGAGCGGGGUCAGCAUAUGCCGAAGCGCACAGUGCACAGAAGUCACCAAUGUCUGCAGAGUCAAUAGCUAGAGACCUCCAAACUUUAUGUGGCCUUCAGAUUAGCACAACAACAGUGCUUAGAGAGCUUUAUGGAAUGGGUUUCCAUGGCCGAGCAGCUGUAUCCAAGCUUUACAUCAC